CCUGUCUUCCCCAGCCUACCACUGAACUGGAAGGCACUGCACCGGCUGCCAUCAGACCUACUCUUAGGUAGCUAACCUUGUCUGCUCCUCAUCCUUCCUGCAAGGCGCUGCUCCAUCGUUCCUCUCGCUCUCUCCUUCUUCCUCUACCUUUCGCCGUCUUUCGCCUCCUGUCGCCCUCAUUCUCUUCUUUCCCCUCUCCUCCCCAUCCUUCACCACCAUCGCAAGCCUCUCUAACAGGCUCUAAUACUUCUCGCCGGCCCCUCUCCCGGCGACUUUUUUGCGACACCAUCUCCCGUCGCAAUUCCCGCGCCCCUCAGCCUUUGGCGCAAAUCGCAACUCCGCAAAGUCGCCUCAUUCUCUCCGCCAAGAUGAGUUCCUACAUCGAUUAUUCGAAGACCACCAAAUCUUCAAACUACCAAGGAACUGGCUCGUUCGCGACGUUCAUGAUCAUCGCGCCCGUAUGCUUCUUCCUCGGUGUCCUCUUUGCCUCAUUCCCAUACGAUUUCCCUCUCCUCUGGACGAAGGCUCCCGUCACCGAUGACUUCCUGAACCACCUCGAGACCCAUCUCAAGUUUGUCCACCAGUCGCCGCCCCUCAUCAGCCGCAUGCUCCACAUCAUUAUCUCCGUUGGCUUCAUCGGCUUCUUCAUCAAGCUCUUCCGCCCCAGCGAGGCCAACUUCCUCUUCGAUGGCGCCUCCCUCAUUCUCUACAUCAUCGGCUUUGGCGUCUAUGUUGCCAACAUCAUCAAAGGUCUCCGCACCAUUAGCGCCGACAUCUGGUCUGACGACGAAUUCAAGGGCCAGACCCACGAUGGCGAGCACGGUGAGUUGAUCCUCGGUCGCGAAGACACCCUGAAGGUCCUCUCCGCCAGCAACACUAUCCUCGCCCUUGUCCUCGUUGGCAUCCUGGUCCUCCAGGCCGGCCAGUGGUACGCUGAGAAGAAGGACGCAGACGAUAUUGCUGCCGCCGACAAGAAGGAUGCCGACAAGAAGGACUCUGCUGAGAAGAAGGAAGCUUCUCCCAGCAAGGCGGCGAACAAGAAGAAGCAGUAAGGGAUUAAAUCUCUUCAGCCUUCACAAUUUGGAAACGGUGAUACCACGAGAACGCUGUGGACCUAACCCCCACGUCCUCCUUGCAUUUGUAGUGUUAUGUAUUGUAAAAACCUGUUACCAUAAUUUUGAAAACAACUCUCAGUAUCUUUGCAAA